AUGUCGGGCAAGCGUCUGUUGGACGCGAUCCAACUCUUCAAUGUCGCCAAGUCCGUGGCCGUGAAGCACCUCGAGGUGCGGCAGCGCCAGCUAGACUUAUUUACCAGGACUUCGUCCCUCACCAAAGGCAUCAAAAGCCAAGCGGAUGGCCUUUGUAUGACCGCACAAGCUGCGGCAGCCCUAGCAAAGCGGUUCAAUGAUGAUCCUUCUCCCCCCCAAUCGGCAUCCGCACCGCCACCCCGGUCCCCGAGCUCAUCCCCCACGCACACGAAUCUCUCCCCGGAUGAGGGCAGGAAAGCGCAACGACAGGCAGAGUCACAGAUCCCGUCGUCUACAGCAGAGACCACCGGUUACGGAGCUAGUCAAUUGGAUGUUAGCCAGCAGCAAGAUGUGUUCUAUGAACCCUCCACACACACAACCCCCGGCUCGUCUGGUCUUCCUAGGGUUAAGCUACCUAAGACAUCCAGCGACACGCAAACAGGCAUCAAUACUGAAAUCAAUGCGGACGUAUUCCACUCCCCCGUCGGUGCCGAGAAAGCCGCGUCCACAACCCAGCCUACGGAACAACAGGAGGAGAUUUCGGAGGAUAUGAUGAAGGAGAUAUUCCACAGCCCCAAGGUUGCUAGGAUGCUAUCUCGGCAAGCUGCUGCAGAUCUCAGAUACAAAGGAAGGUCCCCGACGCCUCCACCUGACGUCAAACCCAUCGGGAAGGAGGGACUGUCGAAAGAAGAGGCCGAGGUGGUGGAUGAAAUUGUGUCAACAACAGCAGUGGAACCUGAGACUGCCGCAGCCAUGAAGCAGCAGGCAACGUACCAGAUGAUUGAGUCUCGCGUUCCAGCUUCCCGACUAGGCAGGCUAUGGCAAUACGGUGGCCUAGCCACAUCCAUGGCCUUUGGCGCCGUCAGCGAAAGCCUCCGACGAGCCACAGGGAGCCAAUCCGAAAGCACCGGGUCCCUCAUGUUCAGCGCAGGGAACAUGGAACGUCUCGUAGCCAAACUCUCCAAGAUGCGUGGGGCGGCCCUCAAGCUGGGGCAGAUGCUGAGCAUCCAAGACAGCAAAAUGCUCCCCGACUCCAUUCACGAGGUCCUCCAACGAGUCCAAGAUCGCGCAGACUACAUGCCCGCCUCGCAACGCGAUAAAGUCCUGACCGACAAUCUCGGUCCCAACUGGCGCGACCUCUUCUCCUCCUUCGACGAAAUCCCCAUGGCAGCCGCCUCCAUCGGCCAGGUCCACGGCGCUGUCCUCGCCUCCACGGGACAACCCGUCGCCGUCAAAAUCCAAUACCCAGGCGUAGCCGACUCCAUUGACUCCGACCUCAACAACCUCUCCAUCCUCCUAACCGCCUCCCGCCUCCUCCCACGCGGCCUCUACCUCGACAAAACCAUCGCCAACGCCCGCACCGAACUCGCCUGGGAAUGCGACUACCACCGCGAAGCCACCUGCGGCGAGCACUUCCGCUCGCUCCUCGCCGACGACCCCGUCUUCCACAUCCCCGCCAUCAUCCCCGAAGCCUCGGGCAAACAAGUCCUCACAAUGGAACGUCUCAACGGCAUCGCCGUCACCAAAAUCCAAACCUUCACCCAAUCCCAACGCGACUGGAUCGGCACCCAAAUCCUCCGCCUGUGUCUUCGCGAAAUCACCGAAUUCAAAUACAUGCAGACGGACCCCAACUGGACUAACUUCCUCUACAACGCCGAGACGAACCGGCUCGAACUGCUUGAUUUCGGCGCUUCGCGCGAAUACCCCGAUGAGUUCAUCACUAAGUAUGUGAACACGCUGAUCGCGGCAGCGAGGAACGAUCGUCUACGCUGUGCGGAGCUGUCCCGCGAACUGGGAUAUCUUACUGGCCAUGAGAGUCAGGAGAUGGUCGAUGCGCACGUUACUUCCGUUAUUACUAUUGCAGAGCCGUUCAUGGAGUCGUCGCCGGAUGUGUAUGACUUCAGAAAUCAAACUAUUACGGAUCGCGUGAGGGGGUUGAUUCCCCUUAUGAUUCGGGAGAGGUUGACGCCUCCGCCGGAGGAGACGUAUAGUUUGCAUCGGAAGUUGAGUGGGGCGUUUUUGUUGUGCGCGAGGUUGGGCAGUCGAGUGCCAUGUAAGGAGUUGUUUAGGGAGGCGGUUAGGAAGGCGCAGGUUGCGGGAACUAUUGAGAAGAGAUUUACAUCAACGGGUUUGUAUUUAUAG